GUCCCAUUUUUCCUAGACAUAAAAUAAAAUAACCCACAAGAAAUAAACAAACCAAUGAAAACGGUUAGAGCUUGACCGUAAAUCAAGUCAUCCGAGAUCUCUCCGGAUCAUGUCGUCCUCCUCUUCAAACUUUGUAGUGGAAUCUUGCGACGUCGAUUCCGAGGAAGGUGUGAAGCUCCACACGAGAGUCUUUAAACCCAGAGAUGUACAAGCUUCAGACGAGGAGGAUCUGACAAUAGUUUUGGUCCACCCUUUCUCUCUCCUCGGUGGUUGUCAAGCUCUCCUCAGAGGCAUAGCUUCUGAGUUGGCCUGUAAAGGCUUAAAGGCCGUCACUUUCGAUACGAGAGGUGCUGGUAAAUCAACGGGGAGAGCUACUCUUACUGGGUUUGCUGAGGUUAAGGAUGUGAUCGCUGUUUGUCGGUGGGUUUCUCAGAAUCUCGGUGCUCAUAGGAUCCUCCUUGUUGGUUCUUCUGCUGGUGCACCAAUUGCAGGAUCAGCGGUGGAGCAAGUAGAGCAAGUGGUUGGAUAUGUGAGUUUAGGAUACCCAUUUGGCCUAAUGGCCUCGGUUCUAUUUGGGAGGCACCACAAGGCCAUUCUCUCAUCUCCUAAACCAAAACUCUUCGUUAUGGGAACACAAGACGGCUUCACUAGCGUUAACCAGCUCAAGAAGAAGCUGAAAUCUUCUGUGGGACGCACCGAAACACACCUCCUUGAAGGCGUUAGCCAUUUCCAGAUGGAAGGACCUGAAUAUGAUUCUCAGAUGGCUGAUGUCAUAUUCAACUUUAUUUCAUCCUUGUAAUAUUUUCAUAUGCUACUUCAUGUGAGAGUUAGACUUAAUUUGUAUAUUAUGCUUUGAUGGCUGUUGGGCCCGAAUUUAGCCCGUUAGCUGAAUUAAUGGGCCGAAUAGUAGAAACCGUUUGUAAAGCAUUACGAGCCCAUCAGGAAGCUUCCCCUCAAAUGAGGACCACAUGAAACCGUUACCUAUCGGUGAAAACAGGUCACGAACAAAAGACUCGGGACCUCAUUUUCAAAACAGUUAGCAAGAAACAGCUCCGGAG